GGCAGCCCUGCUCCCGAAAUGUGGAAGAAAACUCAAAACUCCAUAGAUAAAUAAAAUGUUGCUUUGAGGUCCUUACUAAAAACACAUGUAUAACUUUUGAACUACUUGAGUGAGCUAGAUCUUGUUGUUUGUAAACUACUAACUACUAGGCUUUACACAGCUGUAGAAUUUUUGAAUUUUAAAAAUAAUUUUGACCAAAAUACCUAAGGAGAUGAUGUUAGUGAAAUAAAGAUUAAUGAUUAAGACUUAAUUUAAGUACAGUUAAAGAAGAAAGUCAAAAGAAAGUCUAGAAAGUCAAAUUGACUGAAGUCCUUUGAAUCGCCCACUAGUAAGUAUUAUCAUAUACUAUUAUCACUGGUUUUUCUGUCACUUUAGUACCGGUACUUAAGAACAUGAAUCUUUUGAUCAGAAUUAGGGUUAACAUAAGUCAUGAUAAGUCCUCAGAUGAUAAAGUGGACAUUUAAAAUUUUACAUCAAAUCCUGUACAAACCCACAAUAGUAAUAGGUUUGUACAAAUAAAUUAUAAAGAAAAGUUAAACUACAUAAAAUAAAAUAUUGAAGUGACAACUGCAGUCUAAAAAUGAUUUAUAACUGUGAUGGUGCUUGACUUGACAGUGUGCAACGCCAAUAGAUCUAUACCUUCAGUGAAGGUAUAGCCUUCAGACUGAAGUUCAGUUGCUGAAACACAUUAUUCAUUCAUCACGUUUAAACCUGGUGUUAAUAAAAAUUUGGUACUUUAUUAGAUGAAGUUUUUCCAAGAACACCCUUAACAUUCUUCGGUGUUUCCAUGUGCACCUUUAAAUCCAGUGCACCCUUAUAACUUAUUGGCAUGGGAGAUAUAAGUUCCUCUGCCACAUGUCAACAUUCAGCUUCCCACCAGCCAGUCAUAUCGACCUGCAUGAAAACCUGGGUAUUGGGUUUUUAAGUGCGUCUAUAAAUAAACAUGUUUCGUCAUUGUUCAAAUUAGUUUUUUUUAAAUUUAAAUUGAAAAGUUAAUUAUUUAUCAAUAAUCAUGAACCCGUGUUACUCUUAUCCAUUAAGUUUAAAAAAUGGCUUUAGGAACUCGAAGGUUCAAUGGUUACCUUAAUAACCCUUACCAUUGAACUAAAUGGCAUGCUUGCUUAGUUCUAGUUCAUCCAAAAGAAUGUAAGAAGAUUCAAGCGGGGAGGGAAAUGGGAAAAACCCUGACAAAAACCAUAUAUUUCUGGAAAGAUGCCUAGAUAGAGGCCUUAAAAAAGGACAUGUCCGGGGAAAUCCGGAUGCAUGUUAACCCUAUCUGGAAUGGAUCCCUUUACUUUUAUGAAAUUUAGUGUCUUUUUAGGUAUUUUUUUUACGGUAUUCUAGAACACUAUAUUUGUUACUGUAUACCUAGUAAUAAUUUUUUGUAUAAGGCUGUUUAUGUAAAAAAUAUAAUAGUAAUAAUACAAAUACAUAGCAGGCCUAAUUUUAAGCUAACUUUUCCUAAGCUUACGCCAUUUUCCCAACCUUUUUAAUAUUCUGCACCCCCUACAAAUUGUUUGACUAAGUCUUGCUCACUCCCAAUUAAAACCCAUGUGAUGGGUCAGAAAUCACUGUCGUUCUGUGCUUUUAAAUGCAUCAAAAUUAUCCCUAACUUACGUAGAGAUUGGGUCAGACUUUUUAUGCCAUUUAGGGACACACUUUUAAUUAAAGUUUUAUUUUAGUCAAAGUUACAAUGCAUUAUAUGAGUAUGUAUAUCUAAAUAUAAAAAUGGACUUGCAUUUAAAAAAACAAUUUAAUUAAGAAAAAAAACUUAUCUUAUGUCUUAUUUUGUUUCAGGUGCAGCAGUUAUUAUCUAUAAACUGUUUCAAUCAAUGAAAUAAUUCUGCAUAUUCUGCGAAAUUUUAGCAACUGGGAUACCAGUAUACAGAGAUGUACAGUUUAAUCUAUCAGUUACGGAUGGUAUCUUUUGAGUCCGCAACCAAAAUUGUGUCUUUUACAAGAGUGUAUUCAAAAUCUUUACAGACAUUUCCUAAAUGUAGCAGCAUAAAAUUUCAACUGAAUAAAUUAUCAAGUUCAAGUGAUAAAUUUCAAAUUUGUAAAUAUACAUUCUUUCGAGACUAUCGAGUUACAACAAAUGAAGAUAAAAAAAGUGUGAGCAAAGCAGUUUCAGAUGCUGAAAAGAUUGUAGGCUAUCCUACAUCAUUCCUUAGUCUCCGAUGCCUUCUAUCUGAUGAAUUGUCAAAUAUUGCUUUGCACAUGAGAAAGCUUGUUGGAACAAGACAUCCUCUUCUUAAAACUGCAAGGUAUGUAAUUUAAUAAAGACUUUCAAUAUUUAUUUUUUACAGAGUUUGUGGUCUUAUGUUCGGCCAUUAAUAUCACUACCGUAUCAAAUUUAUAAAACGGAUCCCUUUAAAAAAAAAACGCACGUUGAGAAAUGAACAAAAGAUUUUGGAUGUGCUAAAUUGAAUUUUUAUGUUAUUAUUGUGGGUCUUUUGAAAAACAAAGCCAAGUUAUAUGAGGCAUACUUCAGAGCUGACGAUUUGUCUUAUUUUAGUGUUCCCUACAGUCAGAAAAUACUUUAAAUCUAGUGUGCGUUUAAAUAUUUUCAUUGCUUGGAUCUUGGCAAGAUCCUUGAUAGUUUAGUUUAUUACCAUGUCACCUAUUUCAAUCUGACUAGAAGUGUCCAGUGGAAGCCAAAGGAUAUUAUUUAUAGAGAGCAGUGCUUCCUAAUUUUUUUCUGUGUUCUGCAACCCCAAAAAAUUGUUAAUACUCUUGCAGCACCUACAUAUUGACUGAGUCUUCCUCUAUGAAAGUAACGAUGCGUUUUAAAACUGAAAAUAGAAUUCUUUUUGUUUAGUCAACUGCAGAACUUAAGAAAAUAAAAAAUUAUGAAAUAAAAUGAAGAAAUAAUAAACAUAUUUAAACUUUUAUAUCAUGAAUUUUUUUUUGUUACGGGCACUAUAUUGAUUGAAAUAUAAUUUAAUGUAAAUUAUUAAUAACGUAGUUUAAAUUUAAACAAAUAAAUAUUUAAAAUAAAAAAAAUAUAAAACAACAUUACUUAAAUUACUAUUACUAUUUAUUGAUAACUAAGAAAAUAUGUAUUUGACUUUUCGAGGCCCCCUGUCAAUUUUCAUUUUGUCCCCCCCCCCAAUUUUGCCUUUAAAGUUGAUAUUAAAAGUCAAUGGCUCCUCUCUUCUUAAAUCACUUAUAUCUUGUUGUGGAGUAAAACCGUGAAAAUAUUCAAACAAGAAAAAAGUUUAGUUCUGAAAAACCAAAUGUAUUUCAUGGCAGUUAAGUGCUAUUGCAAAAAGAAAAAUAGAAAAAUAUUUGUUAACCUUCUUGUCUUUAUUAAACAGAGGAAUGGUGUUUGAUGGUAAGAACAAUCUACAACUGAGAGGCUUGUUAGUAAUGUUGAUUUCCAAAGCUGCUGGUCCAAACCCACAGGCACCCUAUACAGAACAGGAAAUGAUAAGUGGUGUGUAUCCAAGGUGAACAAAAAUAUUAUUAUCAAAUCAUAUAAAUCUACAAGGUUGCAAUUUUUAGUGGAAAAUUGUAAAUAAAGAAAUAAAUUGAACUUUUUUUAUGAAAACUAUCAGAUUAACAUGGCAUGCGGUUUCCUUCUUUAAAAAUUCAAUUAAGGCACUUACAAAAAUUGGUUUGCGCUUGACUGAAACGUUUUGUUAGUACAACCAUCCAAAUGAUAUGUGGAAAUAAAUUUUGUACAGUUCAGCGUGUUUCAAAAAAAAAAUUUUUUUUGCACACGUUUGAAUAAAUUCAAAGUAGACCAAAGUGAAGCUAAAUCCUAUUGAUCCUUUCCAAAUGACCUUUGGCACAUUGGGAAUAAGACAAGCUCCAAAGGAAGUUUCUAAAUGAGUGGCUUACCCUGGAAUUAUUUAAGCUUCAUCAUUUGGACCAUAACAUGCAUUGUGCAAAAAAGACAUGUUCAGUAUCCUAGGACAUUAAAGCACAUAUUAAAACAUGUUUGCAAGAGCAAAAUUUUGAGGCAAUGAAAGGAAGUUCUACUUCUAUUAAAUCCUUCUUUUCUCAGUCCCAUCAUGUAGAUAAUCAGUCACAUAAAAAUGAAUAGAUGGGAAUAGAAAAAGUAAUAUAUAGAUUUUAAAAAGUUGGAAGAAAAUUCAAGUCCCAUACACGGACAUGAAGCCAUUGAAAUAAUACAUGUACAAACUUUGUUGUAAUUAAUUUACUAUAUUUUAAAUGAAAGUAAUGUUUUUAAAAGAUACAAUUUUAUUGAAAUACUCUCUCUUAAAACUCUAGUCAGCGCUCUUUGGCUGAAAUCACUGAGGUUAUUCACACAGCCAGCUUGAUCCAUAAAGGGGUUGUGAAUCUUGCAGACAUAUUACCAGAAGAUGGUCCUCUCUCAGAUAUGGAGUUUGGCAAUAAAAUGGCUGUUUUGAGCGGAGAUUAUUUACUAUCAUCUGCAUGCAUUGGCUUGGCCAAGUUAGGUAAUCCUCUAGUAAGUAUUAAUGGCAAAGGUUGGUAAUUCUGUUACUAGUAUUUAACAUGAUGUUUUUGUUAGUCAGGUGUGCGACAAUUGUGAAAAUUGUUGUUUUGCAAUUUUGAUACUUAAGAUUUGUAUAUUUAUGUAUUUCCAAAAUACCAUAGAAGAACAGUCUUUAAGUAUGGUUGCAUAAAAAUAUUUUAAAGAUGAACAAAAAUAUUUUAAAGAUGAACAAAAAUAUUUUAAAGAUAUACAAAAAUAUUUUAAAGAUGAACAAAUAUAUUUUAAAGAUUAAAAAAUAUAUUUUAAAGAUUAACAGUAACAAAAAUAUAUUAAAGAUGAAGAAAAAUAUUUUAAAGCUGCUUGAAUCAAAGAUCUCCUUUUGUCCUUGUUUAGGUUAUUGAGCAAGUUGCAAGUUCCAUUGGUGAUAUGAUGGCUGCAGAGUUUACUCCCUUUACUGAUGCCGGUGGCAAAUCUACUGUACCAGAAAGCUGCAACAGUUUUUCUGACUGGUUGAAACAAACUCACCUGUCCUUUGGAAGUCUCCUGGCAAGGAGUUGUCAGUCGGCCAUGACCUUAGCCGGGCAUUCAGAAGAUUUGGGGAAGAUGGCGUUUGCAUUUGGGGAAAACACAACAUACGCUCAUCAGGUACUUUACAUGCAGCUACCUCAUUCAACAUAUAGACAUGAUUUAUUUUACACGCAGUUGCCUCAUUCAACAUAGGGACAUCAGGUAUUUUAGUUUUACAUGAAGUUACCUCAUUCAUCAUCGGGAAUCAGGUAUUUUAACUCUUACAAAUUUGCAUAUCAGGUAUUUAGACUGUUAAUGACUCUGGGAAGUUUCAGAAAGAAUCCCAUAAUUUAUUAAAGUGAUUUAUUUAAUAAAUUUACCAAUCUGCUAUUCAGUUAUGUUGAUUGCCACAUCUCUGGAAAUACCUGCUUUGUUGGGAUGUUCAGUAUUUUCUGAACCUGUUCAAUUUAUGUAUCCCUUGAAAUUACUGCAGAGUGACAAAUCUCUUGCAUCAAGUUAUCUUACAUUUUUAAUAAUUUUCAUAGUUGCUAUAGAAUCUUCAUGUCCACAUGACUGAAUGUGACAAAUUAUGGUUGGUCUUCAAAAACAGUGCUCCGCAAUUUUUUUUUCACAUAUAGCACACCUAGACACUUCCCAGAAUGACGUGGCACACCAUAAGUAAAAACAUACAGCUUUUAAAACUAUGACAUUCAUUCUUACUUCUAACUUUGCAACAUGGUAACUAGGUUUUGAAACUAGGUUUUUAACUGAGAAUGUUGGGAGUUUAGUUGUAAUCUAAAAAUUGACUCAAUUAUCAUUAAUUAGACACAAACAAUUUGUGUAAUUAAAAUGUUUUUGCUUUAAUUUAAGGACAAAAUACCCCUUAUGAUUAGUUAAUUUAUCUCCAUUGUAUCAAUGCAUUUGAAUAUAUUUUCGCACCCUCGUAAAAUCUGUGCAUUUCUGAGGUAUUUUUAAUGUCGCACACUUAACACCAUCUCACAGCACACCUUUUAAAAACCACACACUGAUAAGCUAUGUCUGCAUUAGCCCUGCUUCACUCACACUCAGUAGUGGGCACAAGCCUUGUACAUCUGAAUGUUUCUCACCAGGAUUGCACAGGAUUUAUAACAAUAAGUUUUUUUUAUAAUAAACCAACAGUUGUCCAAAGAUAUUGCUGCAAUCACCAACCAAGAUGAAAACCCUAACUUGAGACCCACUUCAGCUCCAGUUGUACUUUACAGAGAAAUGGCUUCUUUGGAAGAAAUCAACAAAAUGUACACAUUUUGGCAAGAAGAGAAGAUCAACUACAAGAAAGUAAGUUUCAAAAAAGGAAUCAUUUGCAGGCAAUGCAAGAUUAAAAAUAAAAUUGUGAAAAAUAAUGUUUUAUUAUAUAUGUGUGUGAAAUAACAUUGGCGGGGUGGUGAAUAUAGUGGGGGUUGGAAUGCUGGGGGGGGGAGAGUUUGAUUGCAUGAGAGUUGAUUGCAAAUAGUCGCUCACUUCUUUAUUUCAUCACUGUAUUUUUUUGUAUUAAUUUUAUAAUAAAAAGGUUCAGUUGGGCAGUGUUUAAACUCCAAAAUGCCUCCCUUAACUAUGCAGUGUUUAAACACCAAAACAUCUCCCUUGACUAUGUAACUGAAUAUACAGUACCUACCAAUGUUUCAAAAAAAAUUUCUUCACAAAGAUAUGAACAAAAUUGGUUGGUUUAUUGUUCCACUCCCGACAGCACCCUUUUUUCUAUUUAUUGGUGGGCACUGUUUUCAGGCUCUGCCCGGGCACUGAUUUUCCUUUGCAUGGCCCCGCCUCCCCAUACAUACAUGUACACAAAAUCUCCCAAAUCAGCAACCCUCUCCCCUCCUGUGUAAUAUAUUGAUCAUAUUUACAAUAUAUUUGGCUUUCCACAAUAGACCAUUACAUUUUAGGUUUAAUAAGUAAAAGUAUAUUCCUUUCAAUACUAAUUUAAUGCACUUGCAUGUGUGUAAAAUGUGUAAAAGCCUUCUUAACACUAUUUUUUAACUAAUCUUUCUCUUCUGUGUUUCUUUUUUCCCCCAGAUAUUGUCUGCUCUUGUCGACAGUGGUGCUGUGGACAAAUGCAAGCAGCUGUGCCUUCAGUAUAGAAACAAAGCAAUAUCUUCCCUUGAUUGUUAUACAGAAUCAGAUGCAAAAGUGGCUCUUAUAAACAUGGUUACAGCCGUUAGUGAUGUUCGAUAACUUGGUCCCAGCAGAGAUGGUUAUAUUUGACUACAUGGUUACAGCCGUAAGUGAUGUUCGAUAACUUGAUCCCAGCAGAGAGAGUUAUAUUUGAUUACAUGGUUACAGCAGAACGGUGUGCAGAAUGUUAAUAAAUAGUAGAACAAGAUACGUUUAGGUUUGAAAAACAGACAGAACAAUUUAAAAAAAGGACUUUUUGGCAGAAUGCAAAAAUAGAGAAAAAAAUAUUUGCAAUUUAAAAACUUAAGUCUGCCACAAUGGCACGGCUUGUAUGUUAUUAGAAUGUUAUAUUAGUAAAAAUAGCCCUAUUUUAAAAUUAUUUUUUUUCACUACUAAUCUACAAUCCCAAAAUAUUUUCUUAGCUGAUAUAAAAAUCAUAUAAUUAUUUUUAAAAGUUCCUCAAAAAAAAAAAAAAGGUGUGCCUAACCCAGGGUUAGAUAAAUAAAUUGAUUUCAUGUUUCUGUACAAUUUCUUUAUUAAACAUUGUAUUUUAUAAGUUAGCUUGAAGUGUUUUUAUUAAAUAAAUGCAGAGAUAUGUUUUGUGUUGUUGCUGCAACUAAAUGCAUAAUAAUUUUGUAAUGUUAAAUGUUGCUAUGGUAAAAAAAAAAACAAUUGUGCAUUCUAAAUAAAUUAAGUUGUUCCACUGAUGAAAAGAUCAAUCCUUCAAGGAUUUUACUACAAAUAAAAUUCAAUGAACCCAUUUUUUAUUUUAGUUUUUCCUGAAAAUAUUUUGAAGUUGUUAAAGAUUGUCUCAAAAAAGUGUCACUUUAGAUCUUGCUUUCAUGUUAUUAUUAAAAUUACCUAUACAUUUUGCAUUGAUCAAAAGCCGAGCCAGUGAAAUUGGCUAAAAAUAAGUAAGAGGGAGGUCAGUUAUUUUUAAAUUUCAAAUUAUUAUUUCUACAGUUUUGGUCUUCAUUUUUCUGAUAUAUUUAUUUUGACCAGAACUGUAAAAGUAAUUCCAAAAUUUUUCUGCAUGCCAGCAACUAAGACAACUGAAAUUACUUAAGUUAUCAUUUGUGUUAUUUUUUUAAUAUCUAAAUUAACAUUUACACAAUAAAUGAAAUAUUUUGCUUUUAAA